UGGGUCACACCCCCUCUUUUUUCAACUGAAAUGUCACAUUACAAGCCAGGCCCUAGCUCCUGAGGGCCAGGUAUCAAACAAGGUGUCUCAGAGGUCGUAGUAGACUGAAGCAAUACAGUUCUAAACCACCAACAACCUCUGUUUGACAUACAGGUCAUUUUUGCCCCGAGGUAAGUGAAUUUGAGAGUUACAGACAGACUAGCGCACAACCGUUUCAUGUAAGGAGACAGGCAAAGUGGAGCAGAUGCAUCAGGAGAGGAAACUGAACUCCACUGUCACCCACUUGGGGCAAACGGAUAAGCCUUGCAUGAAGGUGAGGAUGGGGAGUUCAGGUUAUGAUCACAUGGGCUCCACAGGACUUCCAUCUCUCUGCAUAAGUCCGCCAUCUGAUACUAGAAUGGCCUGGAAGGAGGAGACAGAAGAUAUCAAAUCUCGCUGCAGUUUGUUGGGCCUCCCAGAGCUCAGCUGGCCAGGAGUGUACCCUACCAGUUAUGAUGAGUUAGUGAGUGAAGAACUGCAGAUGGCAGAGGCUGCUGCUCUCCCUGCUCAAGGUCUGGGAACUGCAGACCCAAACCCACCCAUGCCGAGCCCAGCUCAGAAUCCUCCCAUUGAUGUGCAGUGUGAAGCAGAGGAAUACUGUCUGGAGCAGGUCCAGUCGAUGGUGGUGGGAGAAGUGCUGAGCGAUGUCAACAAGGCUUGCAAGCUACUCAACAUUGCACCAGACCCACUCGACUGGACCUGCCUGCACGUUUACAAGUGGCUGCUGUGGACGGAGCACUUGUACCAACUGCCACAGAUGAGCGUCCUCUUCAAGGAACUGAAUGGAAGGGAUAUGUGUUCCAUGACAGAGGGUGACUUCAGACAACGCUCCUCGCAAUUUGGAGACAUGCUGUAUGCUCAUCUCGACAUCUGGCGAUCUGCUGCAGCAAUGAAAGACCAGUGCCCACUAGAAGAUAUUAAGUCAGCAAAUGACGGUUCUUGGUGCAACUGCGCCAGCCAGCCCAUCCACUUGUGGCAGUUCCUUCAGGAGCUGCUCCUCAAGCCACACAACUACAGCCGCUGUAUCCGCUGGAUCAACAAGGAGAAUGGGAUUUUCAAAAUAGAAGACUCGGCUCAUGUGGCCAGGCUAUGGGGCAUCAGGAAGAACCGUCCAGCAAUGAACUAUGACAAACUAAGUCGAUCUAUACGUCAGUACUACAAGAAGGGCAUCAUUCGAAAGCCGGAUGUGUCACGCAGACUGGUCUACCAGUUUGUUAACCCUAUAUGACCUAACUGGUGGUUCGGUCAGGUUCUCAACAAGCUGAAAAAAAAUUAAGAUAUGCUGGACAUAAACAGAAGAACUUGUAAGCUCCCUGACGUAAUUGACAUUUUAUUUCAAUUGUAAAGACUGCCUACUGAAAUGUGCACUUCUGCCUAUUACAAAUUCACAUAAAAUGAAUGAAUUGUAUUAUUGUUUUUAGCACACUGCUGUCAUUUUGUAUUACCGGCUGUAAAAAAGAAUGGCAUUUCCCUCUACAAACAAGAUGGCGCAGACUAAAAUAUG